CGGCCAUUGAGCUUCGCAGACAGGGGUAAACUUGCCCCUCAGGGAACAAACACCGCGUGUGUCACGUCACGGUCACCCAGACGCGUGCAAUUAGGCAUGCUCGCCAGAGCUCGUCUUUGACCCUCUGCCGGCCCCCUCAUCACUGCCCCGCGCCCCGCGCGCCACUCACAUGGUUCUCAAAAAGCAGGUCGUUGAAUCCUUUGAGACCCUGGGCCUCACAACCGAGGCAGAGUACUCUGUCGCGGCGCGAACCUAUAAGCGCCUGGCCUUCGAGCACCAUCCGGACCGGAACCACGACCGGGCGAGCGAGGCGACAGCCAAGUUUCAAGAGAUUAGUGCAGCAUGGGACAUCUGCCAAAAGUACUACGACAACCCCGCCUGGGGCGAGGAAGAUGCCUUUGGUGGCUUCGACGAUGAGGACGACGACGGGUUCAUGGCAGGGGACCCGGGCUUCGCCCAGUCAUUCUUUAGGUUCAUGUUCGAGAGCAUGAUGAACGGCAAGUACAGUAGCCAGCGCGGUCAACAGUACCGCUCGCACUUCCGCCGUCGCCGUGGCCCCACUAUCGUGGUAGUCAAUGGCAUCCCUAUGAUCAUUCCUGAAGACGACGAAUCGUCAGACGAGUAUGACGACGAAUCCGACGAAUUUGACGACUAUUAUGACUACGGUCCCUCAUCCUCUGCUAAUGGGAGCUACGGUGGAGGCGGCUACAGUGGGGGCGGUGGCUACGGUGGUAAUUACGGAUACUCGUCGCGACCGCGCAGGAGCCAUAGCCCAUCAGCCGCGCGGAAGAAGGAACGGGAGGAAUACGAGAAGCGGAUGAAGGAGCUGGAGAAGGAGAUUGAGGAAGAGAAGCGGCAAGCCAAUCUGAAAGCUCAAGAAAAGGCUCGCAAGGAAGAAGAGCAGUCCGCGUCCCGGUCCCGUGCUUUCAAGGCAGCGCGUGAAGGGAACGUCGAGCUCCUCAACUUCCUCCUCGAGGAGAACAACUUUGAUGUGAACACUCCCGAGCGCCCCUCUAAGAACCCCAAUUUCCCGAAGGUCAACUAUGAGACGCUGCUUCACUCGGCUGCUAAGGGUCCAGACGAUUUGGCUGUCAAGUACCUCCUCGAGCGGGGCGCUGACACCACGCUGCUCAACGCUGCCAAGCUGACGCCUUUCCAACAAUCCGUACUCUCUGGCAACGUCGCUGCGGCGAAGUAUUUCCUCUCUCGCCAGGGAAAGCUCUCUGAGGGCUGUCACCCCUCGAAGGCCGCUGCAGACGGCCGCACGCCCCUUCAGCUCGCCAUCGCUAGCGGCAACCACGAGAUGAUCAAGCUGCUGCUCAAGGACGCCACCGUCCACGACGCGCAGAAGUGCUUCCAGCAGUCCUACGACGAGGACAUUCGCAACAUCCUCGCCAACAAGAAGGGCUUCGUCGACCCCGACGUCCAGGCCGCGGAGCAAGCCCAGCAGGCAGCAGCCAAGUCGAAGAAGAAGAAGGGCAAGGGCGGCGAGGACCCCGAGCAGCGCCGCCGCCGUCUCGCGGAGGAGGAAGCCCGCGCCGAAGCCAACCGCCGACGGAAGGAGGAGAACAAGCUCCGGCAGCAGCAACUCGAGCGCGAGAAGGUCGAGCGCGAGGAAGCGGAGCGCAAGCGACAGCAGGAGGAGGCCGCGCGUGCGAAGGCAGAGGCGAAGGAGCGCAAGGAGCGCGAGGCCGCCCGCCGGCAGCGCGAACUGGAGGAGCAGUCGCGGCUCGCCGAGGAGCACGCGCGCAUCGAGCUCGAGCACAGGCGGUGGGCGGAGGCGGAGGCUGCGCGAGAGGAGGAGGCGCGCAUCAAGGCCGCGAUCGAGGCGGAGCGCCGCCUGAAGGAGGAGCGCAUCGCGAAGCAGCGCGCAGCGGACGAAGAGCGGCGGGCGCGACAUGAGGCGAAGCUGCGCGCUGCAGCUGAAGCCGAAGCAGCUCGACUCGCCGAGGAGAAGCGGCUGCGCGAGGAAGAGGAGGCGCGGUGGCAAGAGGCGGAGCGCCGGCGGCGGCGCGAGCAGGAUGAAGCGCGCAAGCGGGAUGAGGACGCGCGUUUGCGCACCGCGCAGGCCGAGGCGGCGGCCCGUCGGCACACGAACGACAUCAUGCUGAAGGCCGAGCUCAUCCGCCUGAAGGCCGGUAGCACGUCGCCAGGCCUCGAGGGUAGUCCGCCACCGGGUCUCGAGGGGGAGCAGCAGCGGGAGGAGCAGAGGCAGCAGCGCGCGGAGCAGAUCCAGCGGGUCGAGAAGGAGAUUAGCCGUGGGGAAAAAUGGGAGCGCAGGCAGGAGAAGUUCGCGAGGAAGAAGGCGGAGAUGAAGGCGAAGAAGGCCGAGGAGAGGCAGCAGAGGCAGGCUGAGGCUCGAGAGCAGAAGCUAGCGGAGGCGCAGCAGACGGUGGACGUGCCCAAGCCAAAGCCAGCGAGGGCCAAGCUUGCUGAAGCCAAGGCGGAAGAGGUGCCUAAGACGGAGACGGCCGAGGUGACGCCCAAGCCAAAGCAGGCUGCCAAAAAGCCCAAGCCGGGCAAAAAGCCUGUACCGGAGCCUGACGAGACCUGGACGGAGGAGCAACGCGCGAAGUGGGAGAAAAUGAUGCAGCGCCGCAGGGAGCAAAGCGAGCGUGACAAGGCUCGCAUCCGGGCUCAAAAAGAGGAGAAGGAGAAGGAGAAGGCGCGCCAGCGCGAGACUCAGUCCGCACUCCCGCCUCUCCCGCCCGUGCAAGUCUUCGAGCCCAUCGAGCCCGAGAGCUUCCAGACGAUGAGCAUGCCGGACGAUCUUUUCUACGAAAAGCCAAGCCUCGCGGCGGGCGCCACUGUCGUCAAGACGCCUGCCGCCGACCACGUCGAGCCGCUAUCCUCUCUGACCUCGACGGCGGUCAGCAGCAGCGCCGCUAGCCCUGAGCCACUUCACGGUUCUCAGACUCAACCGACGAGGGGCCGUGGCCGUGGCCGUGGUCGUCCGUUCCGCGGUCGUGGGCGUGGCGGCUAUCGCGGCCGUCCGCGCGCUUUUGAGACGGAGUUGUAGAGGAGCUUCUUCACUGAAUGCUUUUCUUGGUACUCGUAGACCACGACCUUGCCAUGCUUGAAUCUAUGUCCGCUCGUGCUACUGCUUUCUUGACAUUAUCUCUCAGAAUAUACUUACUAAUGGACUGUAGCAUAUAUAUAGUUCGCAAUCCCCGCAUUUCCUGGAACCCAACAAUCCAAAGUCACCUUGCUUGCACGGCUCACAAUGAAUUCCUUUGCGUGAUGAGAAC